AUGAAGCUUGAUAUAAAGAAACUCGCCAGUACUAGAUCGGACCGUGUCAAAGGUGUAGAUUUCCACCCUACCGAACCCUGGGUGCUAACCACUUUGUACAGUGGUAAGGCUGAGAUCUGGACUUAUGACACAAAUACUCUUGUUCGCACUUUCGACGUGACUAACGUCCCCGUUAGGGCUGGUAAGUUCAUUGCGCGUAAGAACUGGAUUGUUGUUGGUGCUGAUGACUUCCAAGUGCGGGUGUUUAAUUACAACACCGGUGAGAAGGUUACCCAAUUCGAGGCUCAUCCAGAUUAUAUUCGUUCCAUUGCGGUGCAUCCUUCCAGACCUUAUGUUCUUACCUCUUCUGAUGAUUACACUAUCAAACUAUGGAAUUGGGAGCAUAAUUGGAAACUCGAACAGACAUUCGAAGGCCACCAACACUAUGUCAUGUCGAUUGCGUUUAAUCCAAAGGAUUCAAACACUUUUGCAUCUGCUUGUUUGGAUAAAACUGUCAAGAUCUGGUCUUUGGGCUCCAAGACUCCUAAUUUUACGUUAGUUGCUCCUGAUUCUAAAGGUUUCAACUACGUUGACUAUUAUCCUCAUGGUGAUAAGCCUUACAUCAUUACAUCUUCUGAUGAUAGAACUAUUAAGGUUUGGGACUACCAAACCAAGUCGUGCGUUGCCGUCUUGGAGGACCAUCUUUCCAACGUGUCCUUUGCAAUAUUCCAUCCGGAGCUACCCCUUAUUAUUUCUGGUUCUGAGGACGCUACUAUCAAAAUCUGGAACUCCAAUACUUACAAACUUGAAAGGACUUUGAACUAUCGUAUGGAAAGAGCAUGGUGUGUUGCCACAAAGAAGAAUUCGAGCUUAUUGGCCGUGGGAUUUGAUACUGGCCACAUUGUCAUCCAAUUGGGUGACGACAAGCCCCUUCUUUCCAUGGAUCCAAUGGGUAAAAUUGUGUCUUGUAAGCACACAGAUGUUUACCACUCUGUCAUCAAGGUCUCUGAUACCAAGGAGAUCAAUGACGGCGAGAUCCUUUCCCUCACACAGAAGGAACUCGGUAGCGUAGAGUUCUAUCCAAGUAGUCUUGUGCACUCGCCAAAUGGCCGUUUCGUUGCCGUCACUGGCGAUGACGAGUACAUCAUCUACACUGCCUUGGCUUGGAGAAACAAGACAUAUGGUCAAGGUUUUGACUUCGUCUGGGCGCAGGACUCAAACUAUUAUGCCAUUAGAGAAUCCAAGUCCAGCGUGAAGCUAUUCAAGAAUUUCAAAGAAAAGACUACAGGAACCGUCGAACUCGUCUACGCAGCAGAUAAGAUUUUUGGCGGUGCUUUACUGACUGUGAAAUCGGAAGGCUUCAUUUCUUUUUACGAUUGGGAGUCUGGCCAAUUGGUUAGACGUGUUGAUGUGGAGGCUGAAAACGUUGUCUGGUCCGAGAAUGGUGAGCUGGUUUUGAUCAUUUCCAGUGGAACUGCCUUUGCCUUAUCUUUCAACAGAGCUCUUUUCCAGGAGAAGCUGACAGAAGGAACUAUCGAUCCUGAGGAAGGUGUUGAGGAGUCUUUCAAAGUGUUAUACGAUGUAGAAGACCAGAUUGUCACGGGACGUUGGGUUGGUGACGUGUUCAUCUACACUUCCUCUUCAAACAGGUUGAAUUAUCUAGUUGGUGGUUCCAUCAACAACUUGGCGCAUUUCGAUAAGCCUAUGUUUAUGCUUGGCUAUAUGCCUAGAGACAAUAGGGUGUAUGUCGCAGAUAAGGACCUCAAUGUAGUUUCUUACUACUUGUCUCUUGCUGUCUUAGAGUACCAGACAGUGGUGUUACGAGGAGAAAUGGAAGAGGCAGAUGAAUUACUUCCAAGUAUCGAUGAAAAAGAUCUUAAUAAGGUGGCUCGGUUCCUUGAACAACGUGGCUUUAAAGAGAAGGCAUUAAAAGUUUCUAGGGAUCCGGAGGAGAGAUUUGAAUUGGCACUCAGUACGUUAAACUUAGAACUUGCGGCAGAAAUUGCCGGUGAACAUCCUACUGCACAUAAAUGGAAAAAGCUUGGUGAUACGGCUCUUGCUCAUUGGGACAUCUCAUUGGCCACCAAGGCUUUUGCUGAAAGUAAAGAUUUGCAAUCGUUAUUGCUUAUAUACACGUCUAUCAAUGACGAAUUGGGAUUGAAGCAGUUGAGUCAAAAGGCUGUGGAUGCUGGUAAGUAUAACAUUGCAUUUUCUGCCUCGUGGGCAGCAAAAGAUGUUGAAUCAUGCAUUGAGAUACUCCAGAAAUCAGAGAGACUUCCUGAGGCCACAUUCUUGAGUCUGAUAUACACCGGUGAAAAAACCAAAUCAGAGAGUGCUGUGAAGUUAUGGAAGAUAUGGCUUGAGAAGAAUGGAAAAUCGAAGCUUGCAGAGAGACUCUGUCUACCCAGUGAAAAUUCCUCCAAGUUUCCCGAAUUGAACGGAGAUGCUGAACAGGUUAAAGAAGAGGAACCAAAAGAAGAAGAACCAAAAGAAAAAGAAUCGAAAGAAGAAGAAUCAAAGGAAGAGCCAGUCGAGCUAGUCGAGUCGGCCGAUCCGGCCGAAUCAGCUGAACAGCCGAAGAAGCAAAAGAAGUCCAAGAAGAAAGCCAAAAAAGCCAAGAAGGCCAAGGAUCUAUCGACUGUAGAUGCAGAAGCCAAAUAG